GGAGCGCAGAAAGCUACCAUCAUUGCUGUUCCCUUCAGCCUGUACCGUUUAGCGCUUGAAGGCGCGAUUCCGUCACCGUGGAGUGUCGUCGAUUCAUCGGUGAGCUAGUCUUACGACCGCCUCGAAAUCAGUUUUGAGCGGCCUCCCCUAAUCACAUCCAGUCCAAAAAUCCUCACCAUGACAACUCAAUCUGCGUUGGCCUCUGCGAGCGACUCCAACGGAGUCACGAAAGUGCACCUUACGGUGUUCGUUCACGGGCUGUGGGGAGAUCCACAGCAUGUUUCGCUCCUAGCUCGAAGUCUUGCUAAGGCACACAGCUGUGUCCUUUCGCCUGCAUUGGACGCUUCUGGUUCGUAUCCUCUGGAUCCUUCAGCAUCUAGCUCUACGGUAGAGGAGAGCAUGAGAAAGAAAGCAAGCUCCAAGAACGAGAAGACAGAAGCUCAACAGAAAGCGCAGCGUGAGAAGGAGGAAGCACAAGUGCAAAAGGCCCUCGACGAGGUGGAAGAUAUCGAUGCCCCUGAGCCUGGGUGGAAACUGGUCCUGCUCAACACCGUCAGCAACAGGUGGGUCAACACUUACGACGGGAUAGACUUGUGCGCCGAGAGAGUAAUUCGGGAGAUCAAAGCAGAAAUCAAGAGAAUCGAGGAGACGGGUGUGGAUGAGGAUGCGGACAACAAGUCCGCGGCCUAUCAGGUUCGACGGCUGAGUAUCGUCGGCUAUUCACUUGGUGGCCUCAUUAUUCGAUAUGCCAUCGCCGUGCUUUGGUAUCAAGGGUACUUGACCAGUUCUCCGAUAGCAUCCAAAUCUCAAAACCACGGUCGAAUUGAGUCUUCCAGCAUCUACACAUUUGCGACGCCCCACAUCGGCGUCCCACCUGUCAAUUCACCUUUUGGGAAACUGGUGCAUUACGUCGGUGGCCAGAUCCUCAGCCGCACUGGCAAGCAACUAUACGCGAUAGACGAAGACUGGGGUACACAUGGUGACUCACAAGCACUGCAUGACUCUGAGCAUGCGAAAUGUGUGGAACAACGAGGCCUUCUCGAAGCCAUGAGCGAGCCUGGAUCAGUGUUUAUGAAAGCGUUAGGAAGUUUCAAACAUGUCAUAGUUUAUGCCAAUAGUCUCAGUGACUUGACCGUGCCGUUCCGAACGGGCGCGAUCGAGUUUGACGACCCCUUCCUGCUCGAGGGCACAACGGUCAAUACGAGCCCUUCCUACCCUCACUUGAUAGAGAGUUACAACCCGCAGCGGGCUAUUCCGUCAGAUGAAAGAAGCACAUUGGCACGCCUAAGCGCUGCCGUGCUCCCCUCAUCUCUACCUAUCUUCCUCCGCCCGAGCCUAUACCCAUUCCGGCCACCAUGGAAUUAUCUGUCCAUGCUCUCGCUCCCUUUUCUUUUACCGGCUCUCUUGUGCAUCCUCGCGGUCAGAUCUAGAGGGCAAGGCAAAUUGUCAAGGAAGCGCAUCCAGGAGGAAGAGGAACUUUGGCUGAAAGAACAGAGCUUGGCCGCAGAGCAGCCAAACACUAACAGUCGCAUCCAACGCAUGCUCAUCGCCGCUGGAAACGCCCUGCAAACAGUUACCGAGGGAGUUUGCGCAGAAGAGGGCGAAGGGGACAAGCACCCGGUCCUCAAGAAUAUCAUCCAGGGCAAUGGUGCGCCUAAACGGGAUCCAUCUAGCAGCGACAGAAAUUGUGCAACCAGCACGUCAAAGCCCAUGUCUACGCGUAUCGAGGGACCUUCUCUCACUCUACAGCGCGGUCGUUACGCAGGCAGUAAACUAGCAUCGUUGAGCGAGAAGCAGAAGCUCAUGGUUGCACGUUUAAAUGCCCUUCCGAAUCUCCGCAAGCACUUCACCUAUUUCCAAGACGUCACGAAUUCUCAUGGUACCAUCAUCUGUAGGACCACUGCCAUCGGGAUGCAAGUUCUCGGCAAGGACGUUGUCCGUCAUUUUGCCGAGACAUUUGAGCUAUAGAUUAAUUUUUCUUCACUUGCGUUCGCACAAAGUUACAUUUCAAGAUGGCCACCUAAGAUACAUAGAAAAGACCUUAUGUUGCACCAGGGGGAGCGUCUAUCCAAGUCCCAUUGUAGAAUGCCGUC